AUGGCCUCACAGAACCGCGACCCGGCUGCUGCUAGCGCCGCCGCCGCCUCCCGUAAGGGGGCUGAGCCUGGGGCGGGCGCGGCCCGAGGGUCCGUGGGCAAGAGAUUACAACAGGAAUUGAUGACCCUAAUGAUGUCUGGAGAUAAAGGAAUUUCUGCCUUCCCAGAGUCAGACAAUCUCUUCAAAUGGGUCGGGACCAUCCAUGGUGCUGCUGGGACUGUAUAUGAAGAUCUGAGGUACAAGCUUUCUCUGGAGUUCCCCAGCGGCUAUCCAUAUAAUGCUCCCACAGUGAAAUUUGUCACACCCUGCUACCAUCCUAAUGUGGACACCCAAGGCAAUAUCUGUUUGGACAUUCUCAAAGACAAGUGGUCAGCUCUGUAUGAUGUCAGGACCAUCCUACUCUCUAUCCAGAGCCUGCUGGGAGAACCCAAUAUUGAUAGCCCAUUGAACACACAUGCUGCUGAGCUUUGGACAAACCCUACAGCCUUUAAAAAGUACCUGCUGGAAACCUACAUGAAGCAGGUGACCAGCCAAGAGCCCUGACCCUGACUGCCCAGCUUCCUUUGCCUUCAUCUUGUGUGUGUGUGUAUGUAUGUAUCUAUGUGUAUGUAGCCUUUUCCUUCCUGAAGACCUAUCUUCUCUCUUCUGUCCAGUUCUCUGUCACAGACUGUUUUCCUUUUCUUCUGAUGUUUUUCUUUUCUUUCUUUGUUCAACUCUAGUCCAGUCCUCAACAUUAAUGUAUAAAUAAAUUUUGUUUUGUUUUUUAAAA